GUAAUAAUAAUAAUAUAAGGUAUGGUGUUGUUUAAGGGUUAUUUAAUAGUUUAAGGACCAUUUUAUUUAAUGGAUCCUGACUGCUUUUGUUAGUUGGUUUGUUCCCGAAUGGUGGUACCACAAAAUAACUGCCCAUUGUUUCUCCCGGUGGCGAAGUGUGUUAAAGCACUGAGCUGCUGAAUUUGCAGACCGAAAGGUCUCAGGUACAAAUCCCGGGAGCGGAGUGAGCGCCCGCUGUUAGCUCCAGCUUCUGCCAACCUAGCAGUUCGAAAACAUGCCAAUGUGAGUAGAUCAAUAGGUAUCGCUUCUGCCUGAAGGUAACGGCGCUCCAUGCAGUCAUGCCGGCCACAUGACCUUGGAGGUGUCUACGGUCAACGCCGGCUCUUCGGCUUAGAAAUGGAGAUGAGCACCAACCCCCAGAGUCAGUUACGACUGGACUUAACGUCAAGGGAAACCUUUACUUUUAUAACAACAACAACAACAACAACAAGACUCAAGUUGCCUUACAACACAAAGCAAAAAUGUACAUCAUGCAAAAGUGUGAAAGCAGCUCAAAAUUAUCUGCAGUUAAAAAAAAUCUCCGGAAAGAUCUAUCUUGCACUGUCCCCUUGCAUCAUCUCCGUUUCCACCCCAGGAAUAGAAGCCAUCAAUUGAAUAUUUCAGCAGAAAAUAGAGAAGUUAAAAGUCUACUUCUAAGAGCCAAGUGUAACAAAAGGAUGUUUUGUGCCACGUGCGCCAUGGUGACAAAAUCGGGUGGAGCAUCCUUCUCCUAAGGUUUUUCAGCAGAGGCUGGAUGGCCAUCUGUCAGGAAUGCUUGAAUGGGCAGAAGGGGGUUGGACUGGAUGGCCCUUGGGAUUCUCUUCCAACUCUAAGGAGUUUCUAAGAAGCCCUAGCCCAGGGGUCCCCAAACUAAGGCCCCGGGGCUGGAUGCGGCCCAUCGAAGACAUUUAUCCGGCCCCACGGCACAAGGGCAGAAGGGGGUUGGGCUAAAUGACCCAAGGGGUCUCUUCUUCUCUUACAACCAUUAUUAUUAUUAUUAUUAUUAUUAUUAUUAUUAUUAUUAUUAUUAUUAUUAUUAUUAUUAUUAUUAUUAUUAGAAACACAACAAGAUGAGUCCACAGCAGACACUCUGCUGGCUGUUGAAUUGGAUCACACGUCGGACACUUCCCAAGUGUCUAGGACUGUGUGAUGUAUGGUGAAUAAUGCACGCAGAUCCCAGUUAGGUGGCCUUCUGCAGCUGGCAGGUGGUAAUUUUGUCAGCGCCAAUUGUGUUUAAGCGCAGGCCAAGGCCUUGAGGCCCUGCACCCAGUGUGCCCAUCACCACUGGGACCACCUUGACUUGCUUGUGCCAGAGGCUUUGUAAUUCGAUCUUUAAAUCCUCAGAUUGUGUCAGCUUUUCCAGUUGUUUCUCCUUAAUCCUGCUGUCACCUGGGAUUGCAGUAUCGACAAUCCAUACUUUGUUUUUUAACACGAUUGUGAGGUCAGGAGUAUUGUGUUCCAAAACCCUGUAUUAUUAUUAUUAUUAUUAUUAUUAUUAUUAUUAUUAUUAACAUUGAGGCUGGGUGGCCUUCUGUCAAGGAUGCUUUGCUUGUGCUUUCGGUGCACAAAGGUAGAAGGGGAUUGGACUCGAUGUCCCAAAGGGUCUCUUCCAACCCUCUUUUUAUUGUUGUUGUUAUUAUUAUUAUUAAUUAUUAUUAUUGCUCGGUGGCCAACUAUAGUCCGGCCCUCCAACGGUCCGAAGGAUCGUGAACUGGCCCCCUGUUUAAAAAGUUUGGGGACCCCUGCCCUAGCCAAAUCCAUAGCCUUUCUGUGUUUACAUCUCCGCCCUUUCUCGGAGAAAACCAAGCCUGCAUAGAAAUCCCUCCAAUGCUCAUAUUUUAAGAAACAUGUUAAGAUGUUUUUUAAAAGUAUUUUCACGCAAAAGAAAACUGACAGCUUUCAAAGUCCGCAGACAAACACGUGACUGACUUCGGUGGCGAGAAGAAGGCGGAGAACGGGGCGGGAUUUCCUUAUCCCGAUUUCCUUAUUCAGAGCAUGGAGAGGGCUGUGCUGAGAAAGGGCGGGGUUACGAGGCAUUGCACUAGGAUAUAUAAAGCCCAAAGUCAGUCUUAGACGGCGGUGCCCAGCGCGGCGGUUGUGCCCGUUUGCAGAUAAGAGUAAUCAACCAAGGAGAAAAGGAUGGCUGCCUGUAAAAAUCCCCUGGAGACUGAGACAAAAAAUGGAAAUAGUCUGAACACUUCAGAGCAAAUAGCACUGGAUUUCUCAGGAAAGACAAAAGCAUCUGAAAGGGAGCAACUCACCCAGACUUCUAUCCCACUGCCAGCUGAUAGAUCUCCCUCCACUCAUAUAUUAGCUAGAGGACCAAAAACAAAAUGGAAGAAGAAGAAGAACUGUAUUUUGAUGACUGUUUUGCCCAUUGCCAGCAGUGUUGUCACUGCCCUCAUUGUUUUAGGUGUGAUGCCAACCAAAUCAUCAUGUGGCAUAUGCCCAGCAACAACUGUCCUCUCUUGCCCUUCAGGAUGGGUUGGUUAUGAAGGCAAAUGCUACAACUUUUCUGAAUCUGAAGGGACCUGGGACUCCAGCCAGAACAAUUGCUCUGCAUCUGGUGCUUCUCUGGUCGUGAUUGAAGAUCAAAAGGAAAUGGACUUCAUAAUGCAACAUAAGAGAGCAACCGAUUAUUGGAUUGGUCUGAAGAGAGAGAAAGGACAGCCCUGGAAAUGGCCAAAUGGAACUGUCUUCAAUGGCUGGUUUGAAAUUGGAGCUGAUGGACCAUGUGCCUAUUUGAAUGAUGAAAAAGCCAGUUCAACAUUAUGUGUGACAAGACGAAAUUGGAUAUGUAGCAUGCCAGCUCAUGGGGUCUGAACAAAGCUUGAAGGCUUCCCAACACAAAUAUUUCAACAAACUGUACAAGGUCCCAGCCAGAAUUGGAGUAACACAUUACUGUACAUCAGUGGUUCCCAACCUUUUUUGACCAGGGACCACUUGACCAGGGACCAUUCUCCAACAUUAGUACCAAAAGAGUUACGAAUCAGUUUUUGGUCAACUUUAGAAUCGGUUUGAUUAUUUGGGGUGCUGAUUCAGAAAAUUGCAUUGGAUAGACCACAUCAGCUCUAGUUUCUGAUACAGAACAUAUGCCAUCCAGUAGUCGCCAUCUGCUCGACCACAGAAACCAUAUUUAAUAAUCUAGAGCUGAUGUGGUCUAUCCAAUGCAAUUUUCUGAAUCAGUACCCCAAAUAACCUCAGAAACAGGCCUAAAAAUGAAGACACCAAAUUUUUUUUUGGUUGGACUGUGUUAUUAUCUGUGGAUUUUCUUAAUGCUUGUGUAAAAAAAGAAGGGGAGGGGGCUGACGUUGAAAAAAAAUACAAAAAGCAGAGUGCGAGACCCAAGAAACUGUCCUAACAACUUUGAUAAUAACAAUAAUUACUUUGGGGAACUAAACAGGAUCUUACAAAGGGCUGCUUUCCCAUCAUGACUGAUGUGUGGCAAUAGGAAGUUAUUAAUGAGAGGGACAUGGUUUUUAAAAAGAGAAUUUUCAGAGAUACUUCCAAUGACUAUAUGUCUUGAUUUACUGCUAUUUGACCUAUCGUAUAUACUCAAAUAUAAGCUGACCCGAACAUAAGCCAAGGCACCUAAUUUUACCACAAAAAACUGGGAAAACAUUGACUGCAGUAUAAGCCAAGGGUGGUGCACAGAUGUGAGGCAGGGAGGAAUCCUUUUAAUUAUUAUAUAUUUAACUAUCCCACCAUACAGUUGAUGACCGAAACCCCGGCUUUUAAAUUAAUUUAAAAACACAGCGGAGAGUUCCGUAGAUCACUCACCAAAGGAACGGAGCGGGACCGCAGCAGACUAUUAUUAAAAGACCUUUUUUUUCUUUUUUCUUCAUUUUCCCUUUCCCUGAACUAUGUAACAAAUCCCCCCAAUAAAAGUAGCAUUUCUUUUAACAAUAA